AUGAAUGACCAUGUUAUCAACUGUUGUGGCAAUACCGCUCUCAAUGGCAAUUACUUGCUUGUGAGCAACCUCAAAGACAGGGUUGACAAAUAUACCAUUCCCAACCUCACACAUGUGCAGUCCUUCAACCAUGUGAUUUUGCGCAAUAUUCCUUUGCAAAUUUCUGUUGCUCGACAGUCAGGCUUACUGUUCGUUGGUGGCGAUGAUGGGUUUGCUCGGAUUUUUGAUUAUACCACAGGUGCAUACCAUGGACAGUUGGAACAUGGUAGUCGUGGCGAUUGCAUCACACCUGUAGUGUCUCACGAAGGACGCUCAAGCUGUCUUGUUGUCACUGGCACCUGCCUUCACAGGCAUAGUAGUGUGAAAGUAUGGGGGGAGAACGAUGUGAUGUUGGAGGAGCAUGCGACAUCCCUUCUAUCCUCAUCCCCAUCGACCACAGUUCAACUAGUCCGAUUUGCUAUCAUCUGCGUCCUUGUGAAUGUCCUCAUGCACACUUUGCAAUCAGGCGCCUUUUCGACGCUUUACAUGUUACUUCAACAUGCCUGCAUCCCUUUUGUUCAAUACUAG